CAGCCAUACAGUACCUACUACUAAUUAGUAUCAUUAUUGAUUGCAGCCGAAUGACCACAUCGCUCAUCCAGUCCUUCCCGUCUGUUUCUCGACGCAACAUCCUGAACCCUAAUAGGCAUUGGAAGCCUGCCUUUGUCCUUCAAAUACCUCGCCCGCUCCCUGAACCGAUCCUAGCCCAGAUCCGCCACAAUGUCGGACGGCGCACUCUUCAAACCGGAGAAGGACUUCUCCAAAGACGCGGACAGGAUCCUACCAGAGGCAGAGGCACUGGCAAAGACCGACCUGCAAAAAGCUAUCGACAAGAUCCUCCCUCUCGAAAAACAAGCCAGACAGUCCUCAGAUCUUGCCACCACAUCUCGGUGCCUAGUUACCAUCGUGACAUUAUGUAAAGAGGCGGGCGACUGGAGUUUACUGAAUGAACAACUUCAACUGCUGUCGAAGAAACAUGGACAACUCAAACAAGCCAUUACCAACAUGGUGCAGACAGUUAUGGGGUUCCUGGACGACACGCCAAGCUUGGAGACCAAGCUCAGUGUCAUCGAGGCGCUGCGGACGGUGACCGAGGGCAAGAUCUUCGUCGAAGUGGAGCGUGCUAGAAUCACACGGAUACUGUCGAACAUCAAGAAAGAACAAGGCGACAUCAAAUCAGCAUGCGACAUCCUAUGCGAGUUGCAGGUUGAGACGUUUGGAUCGAUGACGCGGCGAGAAAAGACGGAAUUCAUUCUCGAACAAGUGGACCUAUGUAUACAAAACGACGACUGGACGCAAGCAGGCAUCCUGAGCCGCAAAAUCGGCACGAAAUAUUUUGCCCGCAAACCCAAAAAGACGCCGGAGCAGUUGGAAAAGGAGAAAAAGGAACGAGAAGAAAAGGAAAAGAAGAGGUCGGCGGAUGAGCCUCCGCCAGAGAAGGAAGACGACGUGACCGACCUCAAACUGCGGUAUUAUGAACAACAAAUCACGCUGGCCAAACACGAAGACAAAUACCUCGAGGUCUGCAAGCAUUAUCGACAAGUCCUGGACACGGAAUCUGUCGAACAGAACCCAGACCAGCUGCGGGCCGUGCUCCAGCGAGUCAUCUAUUUUGUUCUCCUGGCACCUUACGACAAUGAACAAUCGGAUCUCCUGCACCGCGUUGCACAGGACAGCCGCAAUGCCGACUUGGUGCCUAAGGACGCGGCGCUGCUCAAACAAUUCACCAUCCCCGAACUGAUGCGCUGGCCUAUGAUUGAACAACAAUACGGCGACCAUUUGUGUUCGACUGACAUCUUUUCCAAAACUUCUGAUGCUACCGAUCCCAAAGCACAUACCCGAUACGAAGCCCUGCGGCACCGAGUGAUUGAGCACAACGUUCGUGUGAUUGCAAGAUACUAUACUCGCAUCACCUUUCCGCGUCUGACCGAGUUGUUGGAUCUGUCGGAGGAAGAAACGGAGAAGUAUAUUUCCGAUCUUGUCACGAAGAAGACGGUGUAUGCCCGUAUCGACCGGCCUGCGAGGGUGGUCAGUUUCGAAGUCAAGCGGGGACCUGAUGAGAUCCUGGAUGAAUGGGGUAAUAGCAUGAGAGGACUGCUGGGGUUGCUGGAGCGAGUUGGGCAUCUCAUGCAGCGAGAGGAGAUGAUGGCUCGCAUCCAGCCGGGUCCGGAGAAAGAGGGCAAGAAAGUCAAGGCGGCGUCGUAGAUCACAUCCUGUGGCGGCAUUUGCCUUGCCUGGCGGGUUUAAUCGAGGUAGAUUCUUUAUUAGACAAGACAUUGGCCCGUCGAUGAAAAAUGGACUGUAUGAUACUGUAUCUCAUGUUUCCAUGGUAGUGGACUCAUAUCGGUUCUCAGGACGAUGAUAUAUCGAGACUACGACUACGAGUGCUGGUGCUGGUACAUAGUACUGGUACAUUGGUGUCCGGUUCGGUCGGGUCUCGUCUCUACCCUGAUUUUAUUCCCUGAUUUUAUUCCCUGA